GGAGUAAGAGAACAAAGAAGAAGGAGACGAGGAAGAAGAAGAAGAAGAAGAAGAAGAAGAUCUAUUUUCUGUUACAAAAGUCUAUAUCUUAUUACCAGAAAUUGUGGUCGAGUGAGCACAAGAAUUUUAUCUCUCCUGUGCUAAACACAAUAUAUCUCAUAAACGGAGUAAGAGAACAAAGAAGAAGGAGACGAGGAAGAAGAAGAAGAAGAAGAAGAAGAUCUAUUUUCUGUUACAAAAGUCUAUAUCUUAUUACCAGAAAUUGUGGUCGA